AUGAGUAAAGCAUCCGAAAAUAAUAAGAAUAUGGAAGAUCAAAGAACACAUUUUGAUGAAAAAGAUAAAAAAAAAUUAUUUUUAUAUGGAUACGAGCAACAAUUACUAUAUGGAAGAAUAAAUUGGAAAUUAGCUGAAAAAAAGAAAAUAACAAAAUAUCCGCUAAAUAUUAUGAAAAAUUUUUGGAAUAAUAGCAUAGCUAAUUGUUUACCUCAAUACAUAGAGAAUUAUUCAAAAGACGUUGAAAAAUUAAACGAAAUGAAAAAACAAAAUAAAAUAAAAAUAACUCCAAAAAUAAAAAAAAAAAAAAAAUUCAUUCCAUCAAAAGUUCAAUUUGCAAAGCAAAGGUCAAAUAUUUCUAUGAAUAGAGUCAUUAAAGGAGUAAGUUUUGAUUAUAAAAAAUUAAAUACUCAUAAUUUCAGAAAUAAAAGAAAUGUAAAUUCUAUUUUAAAAAAAAAAACUCUUAAGACUAUUGAUAAAAAAAAAAAAUAUGCAGAAUUAAAAAAUAAAAAUGUUAAUAUAAAUAAACUUAAAAAAAAAAAAAAUGAGAUAAAUAAAAAAAAAGAUAAUAUAAAUAAAAUCAAAGAAGCUAAUAAGGCUGAAAAAAUUAAAAAAGACGAAAAAUCUAAAAAAAAUGGGAAAAUUAAUAAAAAUGAAAAGGAAAAAAAUAAAUUAAAGAAAGAUAAAAAUGAAAAAGUUAUUAAAAAUGAAAAGAUCAAAAAAGACAACAAAAAAGAUAAAAUAAAAAAUGAUAAAGUUGUGUUAAAGAAAGUUGGGAAAAAUGAAAAGGAUAAAAAAGAUGAAAAAAGUGAUAAAAUAAAAAAAGAUAAUGAAAAAAAAAAAGAAAAGGAGAAAAAUGAAGAUAAGGAUAAAAAAGAAAAAUUAAAAAAAGAUGAAAAAGAUAAAAAAGAUAAAUCUAAGAAAGAGGAUAAAAAGGAGGAUAAAAAAGAAAAAAAAAAAGAUGAGAAAAAAGAUGAGAAAAAAAUUAAAAAAAAUAUAAUAAAACAUCAGAAAAGUAGAAAAUAA